GAAGCGCUUGCAGCUUUGAGAGUUUUGAAAACUGCGUUCUCUGAAGUGUUAAGUAACGAUGACGGUCGCCCAAGACACAAGUGUUUAAGUGUGAGAAGGAACCUAAGUCAAACUCUAUCUAUCAAUCGGCAUUCCGGCAAUCAGAACCCGCAGAGGACGAACCCCAACCAUGCUCUCGCGAGGCAACACGGCACCAAUGUUCUACCGAAUCCUGUCGCGGUUUCCGCCCAAUUUUUCGUUCUGCUUUGCGUACGGUUCUGGCGUGAAGCAGCAACUCGGCUAUAAUACGGUGCGAUCCAAGCGCAACAUGAUCGAUCUGAUCUACACCGUCGACAAUGCGCAUCGGUGGCAUACGGCAAACCUGGAACUAAACUUUGACCAUUACUCCAACAUGCGGUUGCUGGGAGGAGCGUUGAUUGCCCGGUACCAAGAAACCCUAGGGGCGCGAGUUUACUUCAAUACACUGGUACACGUGCCGGAGGAGGACGUGCUCAUCAAGUAUGGUGUCGUCUCCACGAAGGACCUUCUGCAGGAUCUCACCGAGUGGCGUAGUCUGUACCUGGCCGGAAGACUUCACAAACCAGUCGAAAUCAUACGCAACGCAUCCAGUUCUAAAAUACAGAACGCUGUCGAGCAGAACCUUCGUGCGGCCGUCCACGCGGCCCUGCUCAUGCUGCCAGAAAAGUUCACCGAGUUCGAGCUUUACCGCGCGAUCUCCAGCCUCAGCUACGGCGGAGACUUUCGGAUGAUCUUUGGCGAAAACAAAGACAAAGUUAACAACAUUGUGCGGCCACAGAUCGAGAACUUUCGCAGCCUUUACGCGGCAACGUUCGCCGAGCUGCGAUACUGUCUGGAGCUGCCGCUGAACGGAAGCGACAAUCAGAUCUGUUCGCAAGACCUAUCAGAGGCUGCCGUUCUGGCGCACUUGAACAAACUUCCCAAGUGGCCCAUUCGCCGGAUUGUGGAGCGACAAACCAGUGGCCGGUAUCGGCAGGAUACGGAGGACAUACUGAUUGGUAUUUCGCGGUCCUCCAACUAUCGCGACAUCGUGGCACGCAGUUUACGAUCGAUCGUAUGGUCCAGCAGCGUGUGGCAGUCGAUAAAAAAUAUUCCUACGGCCGGAAUAAGUAAAGCUGUUCGUUACAGUUGGGCCAAAGCACUCAAAACAUUCAGCUAAAACGAGCAGAAGAAAAACGU